CACUCCCUCUUAUAUUAUUCUUCGUCCGCAUUUGACCAAAAUUAGCCUUCUCUCUUUAACGCUUACAGCCACCAAAACGCAGCCGUUUUAAGCCUCUCAUUUUCCAAUAUAACACUCGCCGGAGACAAUUUAACGGCGACGAUAGUAGACAAACUGUAAGAAUAAUCUCCGAUAAUGGAGACUGAAGUUCAAUCGAAUUUCACCUAUUUGGGAAGAACCUUCACAAAUCUCAGUAUUAACUCAAGUUCCUCAGCUUUCAGCGAUUGCAACAGUGAUAGAUCCGGCGAGUUUCCAACGGCUUCUUCACAAAGCCGGCGGCUAUUUUUGUCCUGCGCUUCCGAAAACUCCGAUGAAUUAAUCGAGCAACUUGUCUCCGGUCUCGAGUCAAGUUCAAUCGACGAGCAAAAGCAAGCAGCAACGGAGAUUAGACUCCUCGCGAAGAACAAACCGGAAAAUCGGAUCAAAAUAGCUCGAGCCGGAGCAAUCAAACCGUUGAUUUCGCUUAUCGCGUCCUCCGAUCCUCAGCUUCAGGAAAACGGCGUUACGGCAAUUCUCAACCUGUCACUUUGCGACGAGAAUAAGGAACUCAUCGCUGCAUCUGGAGCAAUUAAACCGCUGGUUCGAGCGCUUAAAAUUGGGAACUCUACAGCUAGAGAGAACGCGGCUUGCGCUCUUCUCCGGUUGUCGCAAGUUGAAGAGAACAAAAUUGCAAUCGGAAGAUCAGGUGCAAUACCUCCGCUAGUGAACCUUCUAGAAACUGGAAACUUCCGCGGCAAAAAGGACGCGUCAACGGCUCUGUACUCUCUGUGUUCCGUGAAGGAGAACAAAGUGAGAGCAGUACAAGCUGGCGUGAUGAAGCCUUUGGUGGAACUAAUGGCGGAUUUCAGUUCAAACAUGGUGGAUAAAUCGGCGUUCGUAGCGAGCGAAUUAAUAUCAGUGACGGAGGCAAGGGCGGCGCUGGUGGAGGAAGGUGGAAUUCCGGUACUGGUGGAGAUCGUGGAGGUUGGAACACAACGGCAGAAGGAAAUUGCUGUUGCGAUACUGUUACAGCUGUGUGAGGACAGCGUGGCGUAUCGUACUAUGGUGGCUCGCGAAGGAGCCAUUCCUCCUUUGGUCGCUUUGUCGCAGUCCGGUACCAGUCGCGCUAAACGAAAGGCGGAGACACUGAUUGAUCUUCUACGGCAACCAAGAUCCGGUAACGCCGCUGCAACAGCAGUAGCAAGAGCCUCUGGUGUGUCAGUCUGAACUGUCCCUACAUGUUCCUCUUUUGUUUGUUUCUUUGUUUUUGUAUCAUACCAGUCCAACAAAGCACAAAUUAUGGACGAAAUAGAAAAGAAAUUUACCCAAAAAAAAAAAAGGAAAAGUCGAAAAUUGUAAAUGCCUUGUGUAUUUUAGCAAAAGCUUUGUAAAUUUGUGGGUUUUGAUUUGACCACGGUUUGUCUUUUCCUUAUUUGGUUGGUUUACACUUUACCAAUUACUUGUAUGCAGAUUGUUGUUCCUUUCCCUUUUAGAUAAGCGAUUAUGAUUUGAAGUA